GAUCCAUUGUCAUGUACUAGACAUCUAUUCCACAGUCAGGAUCCUUCUCUAAUAUCUGUCCAGACACAGAUUUGGGGCUGAGUGCCUGAACAAACCCUAAACUAAAGCUUCCCCCUUUCUACUGACCUCAGCUGUAGUGAAAUGUGAAAGCGCUCUGGAGCCAGGAGUUCUGAUGUGUCAAACCACUUCCUACACAGUGGCACGCUCUGCCACACUGAGCAUUGAGUUUGGUUUCCUGGAUAACAGACUAAUACCUGAACAGAAAGCAGUCUUUGUUCUUUCCUGUGGAGCCAGCAAAACGAUGAUUUGCUGACCAAAGCCCUCGCUGCACACAUGGGUGAUGCUCCCAGACGUGAUCAGGCAUGACAGAUUCCUCAUCAGGCAUUAAUCAUCUCCUUGGCUUGGUUGGCAACAGCUCAUCAUUUCUGAGAAACUUCACCGUUCUCAGAGGUGUGGAGAAAAGAUGUGGACAAGUCCCAUGGAGCUCAGGUGGCUUUUGAUGUGGCUCUUGUUUGGAUUCAUCAAGGGCAACAAGCCAGGUAUGUGCCCAAAUCCUCCAACAACUGAAUUUGCUGAUGUCACUGCUGAAAUGUAUCCACUACAGACCAAACUGUACUAUGAUUGUGACCCUGGCUACAACAGAAAAGCUAGUGCAUAUCCAGGAAUUCAGUGUAAGAGUGAACAGCAGGGUGCUGUUUGGACAUACAAUACAUUUGAAUGCUUUGAUGAGAAAACUUUGUUGUCAAUGGCUCCCACAAUGGAAUUAGAACUUACACAGAAGCAAGAAAGAGAACCAAGGAGCCCUGCACCCCAAACUCAAGAAGAAUUUUCAGAGUCCAAACAAAAAGAUUUCUGUGGUCCUCCCAAGACUGUUCCACAUGCCUCCAUAAAGCUGCCCCAAGAGCAUUACGUGGGACAAGUCUUACAUUUCAAAUGCCAGACAGGUUAUGAUAAGAGACUUCCCACCUCUGGCAACAGAACAUGCAAGGAGGUGAACGGCAAAAUCAUCUGGACCCCCCUCGAUAUGAGAUGCACCAAUGACAGCAACCAGUGGCCACCACAGAUUACCACUGAGCCAGGUUUGACUCUUCCGUCCUCUUCCUCUUCCUCAUCAGGGGCACUGCCAGUGACAGGUUUUACAGCUCUCUGGUUUGUUCUGCUUAUCAUUCCCAUUGCCUUUGUGUGACUCACCAAGCAGACAAUAAGGGAAGAUUUCUCAGGGAAUUGUGGCAUUCAGAUGCAAACUCCUGAAAUUAAGGACUUGCCGCUGAAGAAACCAGAUUGUACCAGAGACUCCAAGACCAGCAGUGACAAACAAGGAGGAAGCCUGGACACUGAAUUCCAACCUGUGAAGGAGGCAGAAAAUGUUACAUCUUAACUCUUAUGGGGACAGCAUGACUUUCCACCUACAGAGUGCUGGUAGGAGGGCUGCACCCCAUCACUGACAGAUGGGGAAAGAGCCCUGCCUGAAACUGCUUCCCGAACCCACUUCUCCUCCUACCACACAGCAGAUGUAUUUCUAAUAUAACUGCAGCCCCUCCCAAGCCACCAGGAGUACAUAUGGACCAUUCUCCCAAGCACAUUAAGUGGUGGCACUGUCAUUUCAGCCCACACCCAUCCUCCUCACAAACAGAGCAGCUUUGCUGGACACCUGAUGUCCCCCUGCCUCUUCCCCACCCAGGUGGGUCAAGCACAGGCACACGUUUCUCCUCAAAUUGUUCCCUUUGGAAAUUAAACCCCUUCACCCCCUGCACUGCAGCUGAAAAUCUGACUGGACUCAUUUAUGGUUCACUAUAUACAUGCAUUCCUCAUCACUCUCCUCUUCCCAAUUGUUUUGGAUCAGUGCCUUCCCUGACAGUUCCUACAUCAUUCCUCCAGCCCAGACAAGGAUGCUGCAGAUCGUGGCAGCUGAUUAAUUUGACAGCUCUUUUGUAGCUGCAGAGUGUGAGAGAGCCCAGCAGAAAGGCAUUUGAGGACAGGCUUGAGCACACAUAAUGCUUGACAUGUUCUUGUAUUAUUGGGAAUUUGCGAGGUCUGGAUAUUAUUCUGCCUCGUUUUAGCCACGCUCAGAUGGGUUUCACCUGACUGAAUGCAAGUAUCUGUGUCUGAGGCAGGCAGUGGGGAGGAACAAGUCCCUUUAGACAGCAGUUCAUC